CCCUCCUACUAUAACGGGACCUGCAGGAACCAGUAACACCCUGACAGCUUAUCAUUACAGCCUGCUUAGUACUGCUUAUUAUCGGCUUUAAAUUUACACAAGAUCAUGUAAUAAAUAUGUACUAAACAAGGUCGGAUACUAUUUUCCCGCAGAUGUCAGAUCGUAUGAAGAAGAGGUUUGGUCGGACUUCAUUGGAUUUGUAGUUCCUUAGUGGUCUUUUAGUAUGUAAUCUGGUCGCUAGCUGCAGCCUGUGUUUACAUUAGAUGACCCAGUCUCCACAUAGAGUUAGUAAACUAGCAUUCCUAGCUAGUUCAGUUUUUUCGCAGAGCCGAUUGUAUUUUUAGUGACAGUCGCGCAGUGCGGUGGUUGGUAUUGAAAUACAGAGCUUAGCUGUAGCGCCGGCAUUAAUAUUGGUGGCUGUUAAAAACUUUUUGACUUUUUUGCCGCUGUGUUGUUGAUCAGUAUGGGGAUGUGUCUGCCCUGCCUGGGUGGAGCGGCGGACGACGUCGCGGUAACUCCUGAUCCUGAAACAAAAAGGCGACAGCUGGCAGAAGCUGCAGAGAAGCGACAGAAAGAGAGCACACACAGGGGCAUCAAGAACCCAGAAGCCGUGGAAAGGAAAAAGAAGAAACAAGAGGAGAUUGAAAAGCAGGCAAUGAGUACAUCACCAUCCGGAGGCAGUGGACUUAGGUGGCAGGUUGGUUAGCACAAGGUGAAGAGAAGAGAACAGCGGUCAACUUUGCGGCCAGCCCACAUGAGCUGUGUUAACCAUCCAAAUGAAAAGGGUGUUUUUGUUUUCUUCUUCUUCUUCUUGAAAUCAAAGCUUUUUGGGUCGGUGUUUGCAGCUUAUAGACAUUUCGCCAGCUUCCUGCAAAGGACAUCUGAUAGGACGGAGCUCUUUCGAGGUCACGUCUACUUUAUCAUGCCGAGAUGCGAUGUGCCAGUCAGCGGAACACUGACAUAACCAAAGCAGCAGUGUGUCUUUUAAUACACUUGUUUAUUUGUCACUACUGAGAGACACGGCAAGUUCACAGAUCAUCCAACAGGGUGCUAAUCAAGAAGGGUCCGUUAUUUUUAAAUAGUACAAAUGAUUGAGAUGAAUGUAACACUAAUACACAUUUCUAUCACAUUUUGUAAUGGAUUGAUGUAAAGUGUUUGUCACAUUCUCUUAGACACGCACACAUACACAUAUAUAUUUUUGGGUUAAGUUAUAAUCUGCUGUGUUUUGCUUAGAGGACUAGAGUGCAAUAUAAAUUAUUUGUUCUGUCAGGAUUGUACUGAAUGUUGAAGCUAAGCAUGAAUACUGAUCGUGUGAAUUGGUCUAUUUGAUAUUUACUGUUACAAACCCAUCUACAGACCAAAAUUAAUAAUGAAUGUUUAUUAUACUGGUGGUAAAUGAAGGUCACUGAUUGGUUAUUCUUGUGUUGUGUUGAUUUACUCUGAUGGAGGACAGCAUAUUAUGACCCAACAGCCAUAAUAGUGUCAGUUCCAUAUUGUGUGUGCAAUAAGGCAGCAUCGUAGUUUAGCUUGCUCAGCUAUAGUGCUCGUAUCUUGUGUCCUGUGUCAUUGAAUGCCAGGCACAGAACUGAGCUUUAGUUUUUAUAUUAACACAAAGUUUUUUAAAGAAAGGUUUAUAAAAUAUCUUUACUAUCAAAGCUCAGUGUGUUUGCCAUUUUUGUCUGAACCAUGAAAUCCUGUCCCUCACCAUCUGAAGGGUAUAAGGCCGCUGUGUUAGUUUAAUACGCUUGAAUAAAUUCCUAAUCUUAAUUUCAUCCGA